AUGCAGCUGCUUUGCAAGGAAGCCCCUCAUGUUGCUCAAGCUAUUGCAGGAACAAUCCAAGAGCAGACGACCAGUUCCUCAAGAAUGCAGGUUCCAAAGUUGAGAGAGGCUCCCUAUCCCUCAAAACGGAAGAGGAGCCUGGGGAUCGACCCUUCGUAUCGGCCAUCGAAAGUUGGCAAGCGCAAGAAUUGCUGUUCAGGAACAGCAGAUGGAAGCGACCAUCAGCCCGACUUGGACCCAGAGCAGAAGAAAGCCACUUCACAUGCGAAGGAACAAGGCCAAGGGGAUCAGGAACCGCUUGAUGAAGGUAAUCAGAUACGUGUUGUACGGUGGGCACCAGCCAGCUACCAUAGUUCCCUUCAGAAUGAUACCCGGGACGGCAGAAAGGCUGUUCACCGGGAGUCUACAUCGCUUGAAAAUGUGAAUGCAGCCACUGAGCCACUUGGAGCCAUGUCAGCCUCCAGUGGCAGUGUAACUUUGACUCCUCGAGAAAUACCUGCAUCGAGCCCAGGACGAAGCUCGCCAUCAACUGCAAUGGCGAAGCCCGAUAAAGUCACUUCGGGUAAGCUUGGGGGCGAAAGUUUUUUACUCCGGACAGAAGAGGUGAAAAGGGCACCAGAGAUUGCAAAUUCCAGCUCACCCACCUCGGAGGCCGCCUUCAAGGAACUAAUCCUUUCGCUUGUCAAGACCAUCUACGAGCUCUGCAAUUGUGUGGGCGGGCCCCCGGAGGCCGCCUGUCGGAGCAUCCUACAGUCACUCCAGGAGGGCCGUUCACAUAGCAGUGAGUGGUCGGAUGGCGCAACAUGGAUGCGGAUGCUCGGCAUGGGUUCAUCCCAGCAAAAUAAAGUAACUGUUUCCAACAUGUUGAUCUAUAUCGGGGUCUGGGAAUGGUUCUAUCACCAGGUCAAAGAAAAAAGUUUCGGCGUCGGGGGAAAUGGAUCAAUGGGUGAAAAAAAGGCAAAGACGCAAGUUUUAAAUGAGAUGCAGAACCGCCUACAGGACACCGGACCCCAGCCUGCAGCGCAAGAAAAGUGGUUCAGCAGAGUUGGAACGGUGACGCUAGAGGAGGAUGCUUCCAAUGUUCUUCCAAAGGAUGGCCCACCCAGCGUGAUCGAGAUGGCGAAGAGCCAGCAGAGGCGCCGCAUCAGCACGCUGCUUCAUCGGGGGAAGCAGCUAAGCACGAAGCUCGUUAAACAACUCGGAAGGGGAAUUCUGCUCCACCCUAAGAUUUGGUAA